UCAUCAAUUGAUCUCUUCUUAUGUAUACACUAUACAAAUUGUAUUGUAUUGGUUCUUCAAAGAAAACUGAAAUGACAAAGAACCUCCUUUACCCCUGUGUACUUGCCAUAAUCUGUGCUGUAGCGACAGCGGAUGAGCCGAGCCCGUUACAAGAUUUCUGCGUCGCAGAUCUCACAAGCUAUCCUAAUUUUCCUCGAGUGAAUGGACUCCCUUGCUUAGAUGCUAAGCUUGUGCAAGCCAGCCAUUUCUCCCUCAGUGGGUUUCACUUGGCCAGCAAUGUAUCAAACCCGCUAGGAGUUGGGUUCGUCCUAGCCGCAGUAGGGCAAGUACCAGGGCUCAACACCCUUGGCAUCUCGAUGGCCCGGGCUGACUACGCUCCAGGUGGCGUCGCCCCAACCCACACGCACCCUCAGGCCUCCGAGAUCAUUACAGUGUUGGGAGGCAACCUUCUUGUCAGCUUCGUGACAUCAAACCCCAAGAACAAUCUCAUCAGUAGAGUCCUUCGAAAGGGCGACGUGUUCAUCUUCCCAUCCGGGCUCAUUCACUUCCAAAAGAAUGUGGGGUGCAGCAAUGCCGUUUCGAUUGUCGCCUUCAGCAGCCAAAACAUAGGAACGGUUCUCGUUGCUAACAAUGUUUUCGGGUCCACUCCGCCCAUUGCUGACAAUACACUAGCCAAGGCUUUCCAGGCAGACAAGGCUAUAAUCGAUCAUAUUCAAUCGAAAUUCCAAAGUCUGGCCUAUUUAGAUAUGCGUGAAUUUGUUCAUGUAAUUUCCGUUUCGAGAGGCAGUAAACAUCUAUCAAAGACAAUUCCGCAAUUCAUCGCAAUUCUUUGA